AUGUCUGCCGGAAUGACCACGAAGAACGGGGAGGCCUUCGACCGGGUCUCCCUCGAGUCCCUGAUGCGACGACGCCUCUUCUACACCCCCUCGUUCGAAAUCUAUCCCGGAAAUCCCAAGGGUUUGUUCGACUACGGCCCCGCGGGAUGUGGGCUGCAGGCAAACAUCGUGGAUCUGUGGCGGAAACAUUUCGUGCUCGAGGAGAAUAUGCUGGAGGUGGACUGCGCCAUCUUGACCCCGCAUUAUGUGUUGAAAACUAGUGGGCAUGUCGAUAAGUUCGCGGACUGGAUGAUCAAGGAUCCGAAGAGCGGGGAGUUCUACCGUGCGGAUCACUUGGUGGAAGAGGUGCUGGAGGACCGACUGAAGGGGGACAAGGAGGCUCGAGGAGUCAAGCCGACGGCGGAGGAAGGAGAGCAAAAGCGAAAGAAGAAGGUCAAGGACACCAAGGCUGUCAAGCUAGACGAUGCCGUGGUGACGGAGAUUGAGGAAGUUCUGGCGAAGAUCGACAACUACAACGGCGAGCAGCUCGGCCAACUCAUCACCAAAUACGACAUCCGCAGCCCUCGCACCGGCGAUGUCCUCCCCCCACCCGAGCCCUUCAACCUCAUGUUCUCCACGAACAUCGGCCCCAGCGCCGCCCUCCCGGGCUACCUCCGCCCGGAGACCGCCCAGGGCCAAUUCCUCACCUUCUCUAAGCUCCUCGAGUUCAACAACCAAGCCAUGCCCUUCGCCUCCGCCUCCAUCGGCAAAUCCUUCCGCAACGAGAUCUCCCCGCGCUCCGGCCUCCUGCGCGUCCGCGAGUUCCUGAUGGCGGAGAUCGAGCACUUCGUCGACCCCGAGGGCGGGAAGAAGCACCCCCGCUUCGACGAGGUCCGCAACAUCGAGCUGGAGCUGCUGAACCGCGAGGUGCAGUUGGCGGGGAAGACAGACGUCGAGCGUGUAUCGAUUGGGAAGGCCGUCGAGCAGAAGAUCGUCGACAACGAAACCCUCGGGUACUUCCUCGCGCGGAUCCAUCUCUUCCUCCAGAAACUCGGCGUCGACGCGAAGAAGGUCCGCUUCCGCCAGCACAUGCAGAACGAGAUGGCGCACUACGCCGCCGACUGCUGGGACGCCGAGCUGCUCACCAGCUACGGCUGGAUCGAGUGCGUGGGCUGCGCCGACCGUAGCGCCUACGACCUGACCGUGCACGCCAAGGCGACCGGGCAGCCGCUGUGCGUGCGGGAGACGCGCAAGGAGCCGCUGCGCAUCGAGGAGUGGCAGGUGGACAUCGAGAAGAAGAAGUUUGGGCCGAAGUUCAAGAAGGACGCGAAGACGGUCGAGGCGGCCAUCGAGGGGCUCACGCAGGAUGUGCUGGAGAAACUGUCGCUAGACCUGAAGUCGGAAGGGAAGGUGUCGGUGGAUGUGAACGGAGUGGGUAACGGGACGGUCGAGCUUGAGAAAGAUCUUAUCGCCAUCGAGAAGCGGACGAGGGUGGAGAAUACUCGCGAGUAUACCCCCAACGUCAUCGAACCAUCCUUCGGCAUCGGCCGCAUCCUCUACAGCCUAAUCGAACACAGCUACUGGACCCGCCCUGGCUCCGACGCCCGCUGCGUCCUCUCCUUCCCCCCCACCAUCGCCCCCACUAAAGUCCUCCUCGUCCCCCUAUCCACCCACCCCGACUUCGCCCCGCUCGUCCGCCGUAUCAGCCACCGCCUCCGCGUCCUCGGCGUCUCCAACCGCGUCGACGACUCCUCCGCCACCAUCGGCAAGCGCUACGCCCGCAACGACGAGCUCGGCACCCCGUUCGGCAUCACCGUCGACUUCCAGUCCGUUAAGGAUGGGUCGUUGACGCUGCGGGAGCGCGACUCGAUGAAGCAGGUGAGGGCGGGAGAGGAGGAAAUUUGUCAAGCCGUGCAGAGGAUGAGUGAGGGAGUGGAGGCAUGGGAGGAGGUGGCAGGGCGGUUACCGGCGUUUGAGAAGCAGGAGCUAGAGUAG